UUGAGGAUCACUGCCCUACACCCUUCGAAGGGCAGAGCCUUGAACAUCAACUGAUCACAGAUGGAAAUCAUUUCCAUGCUCCUCUGCUAAAUUUGCAUUCAGGGGAUACAUAUCAUUUUAUUGGAUUUGCUUCAUCUUGCGGUAACAGUGUUAAAGUAGCCCAAUUCCGCGCUAAAAUCGCAGACUUGGCAUCACUGUUCCCGAAGUGCCCUUCAAAGAAAGAAAAAAAACAAAACAAAAAAUAAAUGCUCUCAUUGGCUGGUUACCUUACGUCACUCUCCUGCGCCGCGUGGCGUGUCUCCUUGACUCAAGUUACCGGUGAUCGAGAUCGUUGUUACAAAAUGAUCCUGCAUUGAAGAAGGUCAAUAGGCACAUGCGAGUAUGUCUGAAACGUGGCUUUACCCUACUAUUUUACUAUGCAUUUAUGGAUUUUUCUCCAGCCACAGACCACUGGAACCUUUUCUAACCCCGUUUUUGAUGGGACCUGAUAAAAACCUUACGGAAACAGAGGUUGUGAGUGAGAUCUAUCCAUUCUGGACAUAUUCCUACCUUGUGCUGCUAUUCCCUGUUUUCCUGGCCACAGAUUAUCUUCGCUACAAACCUGUGCUCAUUGUCCAGGCGGCCAGCUUCAUAGUGACAUAUGCUUUGCUCGUGACAGUCCGGAGUGUGAGGGCCAUGCAGUUAUUGGAGUUCUUUUUCGGUCUGGCGACUGCCACUGAAGUUGCCUACUACUCCUACAUCUACAGUGUCGUGGAGCCAUCUCAUUAUCAGAGGGUGACUGGUUUUUGCCGCUGUGUCACACUGUUGGGCUCAGCCAUUGGCUCACUGAUGGGACAGAUCCUGGUGUCUGUAGGCCAGGUGCCUCUGUUUUAUUUGAGCAUCAUCACACUGGUGUCCUCCUGCAUAGCCUUUGUUGCCCCUUGGUUCCUACCCAUGCCCAGUAAGAGCCUGUUCUUUCACCACAGAGAGAGUAGCUCUCAGGAUGAAGGAGCUCUGGAACCCAUUAACAGACAUCAGCUGAUCGAGAAGCCAGAGGAUCCAGAGUCCAAAAUACAGCUUAGUGCAGAUGAAAGAAUGACACAAAGGCCACAAAGGAGGCUUCUCUCACUCCAUUUGAAUUUCCAGGCUCUCAAGGACAUUACCAGAAGUAGUGGAUUACUGGAAGUGUUAAAAAUGCUUUGGUCAGACUUCCUUGAGUGUUACUCCUGCUCUACCCUACUGGCCUGGUCAGUGUGGUGGGCUUUAUCCACAUGUGGUUACCUCCAGGUGAUUAACUAUGCUCAAGCACUUUGGGAGAAAAUCUUGCCUUCCAGUGAUUUUGAAGUCUACAAUGGAUACGUGGAGACAAUAUCUACAUUGCUUGGUGCUUUUGCAGCAUUUGUUGUAGGCUUUGUGAAAGUGUCCUGGGCAGUGUGGGGAGAGCUUGCUCUCUGCAUUUUCUCUGUGGUAAUUGCAGUGUGUGUGUACCUCAUGGACACCAUUAGAAAUAUCUGGGUUUGCUACACUUCCUACAUGCUCUUCAGAGCUACCUACAUGCUGCUUAUCACCAUCGCAACAACAUAGGAGUGGCCAAUGUGUUUAAACUAAAUUUAGUUAUAAUUAAGAUAAUUAAAUUUAAUUGUUCCGGAAAUCAGUACUGAAUGUUUUUAUUUCCCAUUAAUUUACAUGCCUUUUGUAGUCACUUGUGAUUUCACAGGGUUUAAAAGUUAUAUUUUACAUUGUCCUACGAGUGUCUGGGGUUGUUUUACCAGAAGGUAACAAAAUUAAGCAUUUGAAGAGCAUUUGUCUGUGCCCAGUCACACCACAACAACAUCUCUUUUUAGCAAAUUUAUUCAAAGCUAGCAAAGCAUAGGCGGAUUUCUUUGGAACAAAAAGUAUAACUUAGGAGGGAAACAAAGGCUUCAGAAGGGGGCAUGCCAAAAUAACAAACAAAAGUUGUCUAACUUGGGAGUUAAAUUCUUACUAAAUCUCUCAAAGAAAAGAAAAUAAACAACGGGAUGUAUGUUCACUCCCUGUCUAGCCACAGACCAGGAGGAAACAGGGAAUUACAAAAUAAAUUGGCGCCCACCUCCCUACAGUUCCCAAACAAUAAUUUAAACAAAACAAACACUCAGAUGAAUAACAGCUUAAAAAGGUAAAACAAAGAGUAAGGUAUCUUGUCAAAGCAAAAUAACAUAACUCUUAGCUUAAGUGUUUAGCAGUACUAAAACAUUCAAUAGAGAACAAACAGUAAAGCAACAACAUUUUAAACCAAAGGUUAAAAUGUUAACAACCAUACAGAUCCCCAAAGGAUGCAACACAGCUUCAACAACAGGGUUGGGCAGGACACAGAUCAUGCUCUGGAGAAGGAUUCUCAUUGGAUGAGUGUUGUGCUCUACUUUGGCUGCGUUUACACUUGGCAUUAACAUGCGAUCACCGUGAUCUAAUCAAGCAGAUUGGAUCAUGAGUCAGUCAGAACAAUGGCGCGUUUACACUUGGUAGCAUCAGCUGAAUUUUCUUUCUGGAUAACCGAUCAGAUCUGUCUUUCCCAUGCAAUAUUUAAAUAAGUAUGCAGAGAAUGGCCAGGAGCAUUUUGCAAAUCAAAGAUAAGUGUAGAAGUCUCACUUAACGCUCCACACAGGUGUUCGCCGUCUUUUUUUCUGACAGCUUGCGCGAAAGGGGGACAGGUCCGUGUAAACCACCACCGGAUUUUCAACUACCUCCUAAGUAAAUUUUGAAGUGUUGCAAUGCUAAGAGUAAGUCUAAAGCCUCUUUUUCAAUAGUACUGUACUUCUGUUGACAUUUUGUAAACUUUUUUGGAGAAGUAACUCACAGGAUGCUCUAUGCCAGAGUCUUCUUGCAGUAAAACAGCACUUGCCCCUGCAGAAAUUGCAUCCACCUGCAACUAUAUUUGUAUGUCUGAUCUUAGGCUAGUGAGCAAGAUCCGAUUCUAAGUUACUCAGUACUGCAGAAUUGUUAAGAUGCAUACAGGACAUUCGGUCUUCCUUUUUGGGACCAGUGAACUUAGCCUGCAAUGCUGAUCCUGGAACAGGAAGCAAGACUACAACCAAAUCGCCAGGUUGGAAGCUUCAUUUUACACUUAUCAUAAAGCAAUUUCAAUUUGGAUUGCGCAGUUACCAGAUGAGAUUUUGCUACAACACAAGCCUUCUGGAGAUGUUCACGGAAAGCACAUACAUAGUCCAAGAGGUUAAUAGACACCGAACCUUUUGACAAUAACCGAUCACCUAACAGUUUCAAGGGCCCAUGGACAGUGUGCCCAAAUACAAGUUCAGCAGGGUUGAAGCCCAAUGAUUCCUGCCCGUCUCUCUAACUGCAAACAUUAAUGGUAGCAAAACCCUUAACUCGGUCUCUACCAGUACUUAAACAAUAUGCACAUAGCAUCAACUUUAUGGUGUGGUAAAAGCGUUCCAGCGCGCCCUGGGACUCUGGAUGGUGUGUGCUGGAUGGUUGAUCAACUCCUGACUCUUUUAGCACUUGAAUAAACACUUUGGAAAUUAAGUUAGUACCUCGAUCGGUUUGGAUAACUUUGGGCAAACCAAACAUUGAGCAGAACUUAACCAUUUCCUUCAUUACCUCCUCUUCUGUGAACCGAGUUGCAGCACACAUUAGAGUCAAAACAUGUUGGUGUCCUGAUUUCAAAUUUGGUAGCAUCACAACACAAUCCACAGUUAAAUUUUCAAACGGCUCUCCCACCACUGGAAUUGGAUGGAGGGGAGCAGUAGGUAUUGGUUUGAUGUGGGUUACCCACAAGCUGGCAAACAUGGCAACUCUUGCAGAAUUAAGAAAAACUAUAGAGUUCAAUCCAGUUCAAAAGAAUAUCGGGAAAUGCACUUGUAAGUUUUGUUAACCCCAAAACAUGGGAGCCGGGGAGAGGAAGCUCAAGGGCAAGGGGCAAUACCUGAUGAUCAGAGGGCAAAACAAUUUGAUUGACAGCUAAAGCAUCAUCAACAUCAUGUGGCUUCCAACGAUACAUUAGGACAUGAUCUUCCCAAAUAAAAGCUAUUCUAGCACUGCUUAAAUUACCUAACUGAACAGCAGCUUCAACACUGGCUGCUAGAGAUUGAUCAGAUCUUUGAGCAGUGAUUAAGUGUUCUGUCAAAUUUCAGAGCUGCUGCUUUUAAGUUCGCAAAAUCAUUAGGAGCUAACUGUGCAAGCAGGAAAUACAGAAGGGAAAUAAGCAGUGAUAUCAGAGUCAGGAAAUAAAUCUGGUGUAUCUGGAGAACUUGAGAAGGUAAGACCUUACCACUGACAAGUCCUUCCCCAGGCUUACACCAUCCACAGGCAGCUCAAUUCGCACCCCAAGAGGAACCACACUCGUAACCAGAUCAGACUUAAGAUGAACCCCAUGCACUGGCACCUUGAUACAUUCUUAGUCAAUUCCAUGGACCAAAACAUCAUUACCAGAGUAUGUUUUGGCCAUGAAUGACAAGUCAUCUGCUAAAAUAAAUGACUGUGUUGCUACAGUGUCCCUCAGAAUUGAGAUAGACUUACCCAGAGAGUUGGCACAAAGGGAAAAAGCAAAAGCUACUCUCUUAUAAUUUUUCAGCAAUAUUUUUCUGUUUCCAAGCAUUACAUCAGAAAUUAUGUGGACUGGAUACAAAUAGUAAAAACAAACACAUUUGUUAUUAGCACGUUUUGCAUCAGACUUAUAUCAGCUACUAUUUCCCUUGGAACACAAGAAGUUUCCUUCUCUACUUGCUCAGUAUUUAAAAAUUGACGUUUGGCCUGGCGUGAAAAUGGGAAUAUUUUCUUCUGGGUGAGCACAAACUCAUCUGCUAUCACAGCAGUUUCAGAGAGUGUGUUUACCUUUUGUUAAUUCAAAUGAACAACUACAGGUUCAGGAGCACAUUUUUAAAACUCUUCCAAUAAGAUAAGCUCCUGCAACUGCUCUAAACUGGUGACCUUGUUUGGCACAACUUCUCAAAGAGUGAUUUUCUUUGUCAUUGUGCAAACUGUACAUAUGUUUGUUUGGAUGUUUUCAUUAAGUUUUGAAAGCGUUGACAGUAGGCUUCAAGAAGCAAUUCAUACGCGCUCAAUACUGCCACUUUGACAACCGUAAUCAAGAGACCUGUCAAUUAGAAGUAAAGAACAGACCUCCUGUGCCUUCCCUACAAAAUUAACACUAAGAGGAGUAUAUCCACUAUAUCCUUCGGCCAACCAAAUGUAAAAAGUGAAAGAAAGUGAAAGUCGGGACAUUUGCUAAGUAUGGUAACCGAUAAAUGGAAUUGGUGCUCUGCAUUUAACCCAUCCAAGUGCAAACACAUAGCAGUGAGAAGUGAACACACCGUGAACACACACCCAGAGCAGUGGGCAGCUAUAUCCAGCGCCCCGGGGAGCAACUGGGGGUUCAGUGCCUUGCUCAAGGGCACUUCACCCAUGGGUACUGAGGGUGGAAGAGAGUGCUGUUCAUUAACUGCCCUCCACCUACAAUACCUGCCAGCACCAAGACUCGAACCUGCGACCUUCGGGUUACAAGUCCAACUCUCUAACCAUUAGGCCACAGCUGCCCCUAAAGUGCUCAAUGUGCCACAAUGUGCUCAGAAGCAGUGAAGUAACAAUCGACCUUAGCUUCUCUAAAAUGCAGUACUAAUUUUACGUACUUCACAACAUCAAAGUUUGGCUGGGUAUUGCUUACCGGGUCUUUUGUUCACUGAGGGAGCUCAUGCGUUGAACAGAAGGCUUCCUGCGCAAAGUCUCAGAUUACAAUUCAAGUGUUUUAAGCUUAAUAUCCUGAUUUUUACUUUGACGUCAUGUUCUUGUCUUUUUAGCUCCAAGUCAAGCUCUUUUAACUUGCUGUCACUGGAUCUAGUCAAGACUCAGUAGGAAGGGGCAAAGCAGAAGCUUCUCCUACCACUAAAUUCCCCUCUGACACCUCCGGUGACUCAGCAAGUAGAAUACCUGUACUCAUGAAUUCGUUAUAUAGCUCCUCUUUAGUCACUUGCUUGGUAGCAUCUCUAGACACAGUAACAUGAAAUAAGUCAGCAAUUAACAACAAAUCUUUUUUGAAAGCUGCCAAAACUUAAUACCUAUACUAAUAAAGCAUUCAUGAAAUACUAAAAUCGUCUUACAAGGAGCUUUUCCGUUUUUUCAAAUGAGCGUUUCACGAGAGAAAAAUGCCACUAAUAAAUUCUCAAAGGAAGAGCCCUCAAAAUAUGUUACGUCCUACGAGUGUCUGGGGCUGGUUUACCACGACGUAACGAAAUUAAGCAUUUGAAGAGCAUUUGUCUGGGCCCUGCCAUAGCACCACAACAAGAUCUAUUUUUAAUAGAUUCAUUAAAGGCUAGGAAAGUAAACUGUUCACUUAAAAGUGAAACAAAGACUUCAGAAGGGGGCAGUGCCGAAAUAACAAACAAAAUUUCAGUCUUACUUGGGAGUUAAAUUGUUACUAAAUCUUUCAAAGAAAAGAAAACAACAGGAUGUAUAUUCACUCCCUGUCUAGCCACAGACCAGGAGAAAACGGGAUUACAAAACAAAAUGGCGCCCCUCCCUACAGUUCCCAAACAAUAAUUGUUUAUUUUAUUUAAAUCAGAUGCUUGUCGCAUUGUUCCGAAACAUUUCGAAAUUCCAGUGGUUCACCACUAGGGGAUGUUGAUCUCAAAGUAAACCCAUAUACCAUUUCUGGUUCUCCAUUUAAUCAUGUGACAUGAAAUCUCACAGAAUUUUACUAUAAAAGAAUAGUAGAUGUUGUGGGUUAAACAAAAGAUAACUUCACUUUAUUACAGAUAUUGUUUAAAAAAAGUGUACAAACAUUCAGUACUUUCAU